AAAAGAGUAGAGACCUUUUAUUGGUUUCAGGUCAGAAUUGUCUGACAGGACUCGUGUCCUCAGUAUUUGUAAAAUCCUGGCUACUGCCUUGGAGGCAGCCCUUCUUUGUGGAUUGUUCUGCUGCAUGUCCGUAAAAACGGUUUUAUUUUGCAAGCGCCCGGUAGUACUACUCUCUCUUUUUCUCUCUCUUUCUCUCUCUUUGUCAGUCUAUGUGUCUUGGCCGUCAGCAGAAUAAGCGUUAGAGCUGCACAGAAAGAGAAUUUCGUUCAGGACUAAAUGUGUUCCGAAAGACUGAUCCAGGCUUCGUGUCGGGGCAGCUCCGGGUCCAUGGCCUGAUCUGUAUCGGCGGCGGAUCAACUGCAGCUGAAGCCUUCGAGAUGCUCCGAGCUCUCUGCAGCUGCACCAUAACACCGUCACCGAUACCGGCCCGGGGACACAGCUAUGCUUUUCAGACGGAGAGCCAGGAUGUUGCGAUGGCUGGUGUGUGGUCGGUUGGGUCCAGUUUGGAUGUGGAAAGCACUGCUGCUCUUCGUGGCCAUUGCGUUUGCUGGCCAGCUGCUGGGGGUCAUCUUCAACAAGAGUGUCCAGCCAGCAGCCCGCUCCAUCUUCUCGUCCCCUAAUGCUCAGGGGCCCUCUCUGGGCCACUGUCAACCCCAUACCCACAUCAUGUUCCUCAAGACCCACAAGACGGCUAGCAGCACUGUGCUCAACAUGCUGUACCGCUUCGGAGAGGAGCAUGACCUCCGCUUCGCCCUGCCGUUGGGCUACCAGCUGGGGUACCCACUGCCCUUCAAUGCUCACAGGGUCAAAGGUUACCGAGGUCCCAGAGCUGUGGAGUUCCACAUCAUGGGCAAUCACAUGAGAUUUAAUAAGCAGGAGGUGGAGAAGGUGAUGCCUGCAGACACGUUCUACUUCUCAAUCAUCAGGGACCCGGUCGCUCUGGCUGAGUCCUCUUUUGCUUAUUACAAAGAGGUAGCGCCUGCCUUUCGGAAAGCCAAAGGUUUGGGCGACUUUGCUGACUACCCUAAGAAAUACUACGACCCUCGUCUCCGCAACAACCACUACGCCCGCAACCUGCUGUGGUUUGACUUUGGCAUGGACCACAAUGCUAAUUUCUCUCUGGCACUGGCUCAGCGCUACGAGGCCCUGAUCCGCCGGGCCUUCAAGCUAAUUCUAGUGUCUGAGUACUUUGACCAGUCCAUGAUCCUGCUGAGACAUGCCCUUUGCUGGCCGCUGGACUCUGUCGUCUCAUUCAGUCUCAAUGCUCGGCAGCAGAAACCCAGCGGCGUAGGGGGAAUAAGUGGGAGCUGGGUGGGCAAAGCUGUGGCAGCGGCCGGUGUCGGUGGUAGAGGGGGACGUUCACAAGCCAAGAUGCUGCCCAAUCUGUCACUAACGGAGGAACAGCAGGAGAAGCUGCGGCAGUGGAACGCCUUAGACUGGUACUUAUACAAAGCCUUCAACCGUACCUUCUGGGAGGAAAUCGACAGGUUCGGUCAUGCUCAGAUGGAGCAAGAAGUAGCUCUUCUAAGGAUGCGACGGGACGAUCUGGCCCGGGUUUGUCUCAGGGAUGGCGGGAAGCCUGUGGAGGCACACCGGAUCCGAGACAAAAACAUCCGGCCAUUCCAGAGUGGAUUAGUGAAGAUUCUCGGCUACGAGCUCCAGCCAGGGCUGGACAACAGCACUAGGACGUCCUGUCUGAGGAUGAUCAGGCCCGAGAUCCAGUACAAAGAUUUGCUGGAUGCUAAACAGUUCCCUCGGGCUCCGGCAGUCCAAGCCCAGCCAGGGCAACAGAGCCAGGGCCUGAUGGUAGCAGCCGGAGGCUCUUUUUUAAGACAAGACCGAUCCAGGACAGGAGAGAGGCUGGUGGGGGGAGAGGCUGGGGAGAGGAUGGUGGAGGAGGGGGAGAGAGACUGGGACGGAAGCCGUUUAAUGAGGAGCAACCAGACUUUGAUACGAGGGCAAGAAAAAGGAAGGUUGAGAUAGUUUGCGGUGAGUUCCAUUACUAAAUACGGUACCUUUGGUCUUUGAACAAACAGACAGAGAAAGUGAAAACUGAGCCGAGUGUGGUGUGGAAAACAAAAAGCUCCUCCUUUGCACUUCCACGUUUUGGUCGUUUGCUUGUUUUCUUAAAAACUUUGCUUUUAGUUAGUGUAAUUCGCGUGGACUUGAUCCUUGACCUCUGAGCCCCUGGGAUGCUUUAAUGGCUGCAGUAACAAGUUGAAGGAGGGUUGUAUGUUUUGUCGCAGUAGAAAGUGAAAGGACAACUUAUACUUGUUUUUUAUAAGAAGAAGCACUCUAAAAGUGCUGGCAGGUCCUUCUUCUGCUGCUGUUCACAGCAGACACACAGAAGCCUGUUUUAUUCCCUGUUCAUAUUAAUACUUUUAAGAGUUUAGAUUUUCACGUUGACCUUGGUGUACAUGCAUGAAAUUUCUUAACGUAAGGUACAUAUAGCCCCAGUUUUUACCUUUCAGGCAUUACAUUACACUGAAUCACUGAGAUAAGCAUCUGUUUUUCUAAAAGUUAAAUACCUGGUGAUCUUUGAAAAACACAGGCCAUUUGAAAACAUCCCCCUGUUUUGAAUGUAUUUCCAGAAUCCUCAAAGACUCUUCUUGCAAUCUGGAUGAAGAAAUAUUCUGUCUAUAAAUAUAAUAAAGUAGAUUUUUAAUCAGUUUCCAAAGUUGUGAUUCUAUUUCUUAAUAACAACAAAGAUGGUAGCUGGAAAUUUCAUAUUUUCUAGAUCAAUGUGCAAAAAUUUUAAACAUUUAUUGUCAGUCAUACUUGUCUAUAUUGAUGUGCCUUUCAAUUAUUUUAUAUUUUCAUACAAAAGAAUGCAUUUAUAUAGUGUAUAAUGUACAAAAUGAGCAAGGAAAUAUGUUAUUUCUUUCCACCUGAAUUAGGAAAUGGAGUUGCAACUAGGAAAAUUUGUAAAAAUAAUAAUUUUUAUUGUGCAGUGGACAGAUAUUUUUUUCAUUCAGAUGAACCCACCUUCUGGGUUUUUCAAAGAUCGCUGGUUAUUUUUCAGAAAAGCAUAUGCUUAGCUCUGUGGCUCUGUAUGUAUACAGCACAAAUUUCCCAUUACUGAUAUGGUUUGUGAAGUCAGUAGAGGUUGGUACUUGUUAGUGGACAAAAAUAAUUAGGAUGAACUUACUAUUUCUCUCUUCGAAACACUUCAUUCAGCUUCAGAGUCAGUAUUGAGCCCCGUCUAGAACCACUAACCUGAACAGCUUCUUAAAGAGCUCUUAAUAAUACAAGAGAGGAAAAUUAUCCGAGGCCUGUGCUUCUGUUCUGGGCUGCUUGAUCCUCACCAGCCUAUAGGAGGCUGGUAAAUAUCAACAUUUGGGCACAAUCCUUCCACACGCAGAGACAUUUCCUUGGAGAUCCAUUUCUUUGUCAUGAUGUUAGGUAUUAAAAAUUAAUGAUUCAUAUCAGUGUGGGCCAAAGUAAUGUUGCUCAGGAGCUCGCCUAGCCACUAACGUAAAAAACAAUAGAAAUUAAAUGUAUUAACUAAAAAAUAAAAGUCAAUCAUAAGUGAUCCACCUAAAAACAAGACCAAAAAAAUAGGCAAUACAUAUAAAAACCUUAAAAAAUAUGUCAACAAUACAACUCAUUUCUCAGAAAAUUAGCAAAUAUCACCCGUCAUUCUUAAGUUUUACUGCUUUGGGCACAAAAGGACUUCAAAACAACUGGGCACCUAUAACUUGUCACUCAACACACCUUCUAACAUGCUCAUGUGAAGUGAAAUGAGUGAAUUGCUGUGAAAUUGUUAGAAUUGUGUAUAAACCCAGCCAGACUGUGGUUAAACAUGAAUUGCUUGUGUGGAGGGCAGAAACCCUGAAUAUGAAUUAUAUAUAUUAUUGUCAAAUGACCUGUGAUAGCUUGCUGUAACAAAUGAGACCAUGGUUGAAAUGAUGGGUAUCACUAUCUCAGGCUGGUGAUGCAGUUAGUCCUAAUGUUCCCCCAAAUUAACACCAGUUUUACAAAAACGGCUUUAUUCAGCUUUGCGUAAGACUGUUGUGUGUUAAACACGGAGCAUUUUACAUGUUCUAUUAAAGCCUGGUCCUGCGUGGUACUUGUUGAAAGCCUGCUGCUUCCUCGUCAGCAUGGUUAGUAUAUUUUGUCAUUAACAUGCUGCUGUAUGAAGAUUCAAAUGGAAUCUAAUAAUCACUGAUUACUACAUACAUAACAAAAAACACAUCUCUACCUCUUUUUUAGGGACAUGUGACAAGUUCUCACUUGAUAGUUUUGUGCAUACACAGUCCAAAAACACAGAAUUCCUAAAUUUGAACACACAUGGAAAUGUGCAUGUGUGUGCUUGCUGACAUUGUCUGACUGUUUUUCUAGACAGCUUUUGUUGAGAGUUCCAUUGUUGUCCAAAAACAACAUUAAAAACACAUCAAUGAACCUCACCGUCACAUGUUUACACUGCUGAGGGGACUUAGCUGAUUUUAUCAUUUUUUAACAGAUAAACAAUGAAGAAGUGUUGUUUGCCUUAAGAACAAAUAGCAUCAACAAAUUAAAAUAGGAGCAGAUCUUAUUGAAAUACGAAAAAAUAUAAAAACAGAGGAAAUUACUAUCUCUGAUAUAAGCCUGUUUCAAAUGAAGGUCUGGUUCUGGGCAACUAGAGAAUCUACAGUGAUUUUACAUUUAAAUGUUACUUUUGAUAGAUGUUUUUAAUGGGGUAUAUUUACAUUGUAGUGUGUUACAUUUACUUAAAGCCCCUACUUGUAGUGUUUAAAACUGACAGUAGUGACUGUGGCAGACAGUAGUGCCCUAAUGCAUUCAAACUCAGGACAUAGUGUUUCCAUAGUAUGAAUCUUCAGCUACAUCCACACUACUACGUUUUUGUUUAAAAACGGCAUUUUAAAACGAAAAUGAUCUCUGUCCAAACGAGGGUUUCAGCUCCCUUUCAGAAGUAAUCACCGUCCAUACUAACACGCCUGAAAACGCAGAUCACAUGACCAUGCGCGUGCUGGUGUAAACAGGAACAGGACAAAAAUAAUAAAGCAGGGAAAUGUGACUGCUCUUCACAAAAUCCUCCCGGAUAAUGCUGUUUUUAUUAAAAACAUUGUAAAUAGCAUUUUGUUAGUCUCUUUUCCAUCAUUAUAUUGUCUUUUUGCGUCUUUCUAAAUAUAGAAAAUAUAACAUCCAUUCCGUUAAUAUACAAACUCAAAUACUCCACAAUAUCACAACACAUACUCACAUAGUUCACAUUAGCCAAUGCUUAUAUCCUACAUAAUGUUAGACAAGUACUCUUUUAGUUGGGCUAUUAUUUAAACUGCAUUUUAAUUGUAUUUGCUUUACAGCAGAAGGCUGAUGCUAAAUAACACGUGCAAAAUGGCUGAACACACUAACAGAAGGCUAAGCUAAGCUACUAGCAAACAUUGAUGUAUCAAAAUUAAUCCAUUAAAACUAAUCCAGACAACAACAUCCAUGAAACAGUACUUGUAGUCACAACCUUGUACAUUCAAAGAAUGUUUCCCAUUUCUUUUGAUGAAGUCUGUGGAUUAGCAUUGUGGCAUAACUUUACCAUGUGUUUGCUAGAAGUUGACGACAAGAUCCUUCACUUUGGGCUCUGUACUCUGUGUUUCCCAUCGUCCAUGGGAUAGUCCAAACGCAAUAACGUUAUAAUUUUUCCAGAGUCUUCCCUUGUCACUCAGGUAAUACAAUGUGGAGGAUACCUUUGUAAAUACAUGCACGCAUGCUAGUUUUUGUUGUUGCUCCUUCCACAUCUGGACAAUCGAAGGUUUUCUCGCCAUUCCCCAGGAACCACAACUUCAUUAAUAAAAUUAGCCUAGGAACUAGUUCUUAACCUAAAACCAGCGCUAGGGCUUGGGAAUUGUCACAAAUUGCUUGAAUAAUAGCUUGCCUCCUGGGCAUGUAGGCAGUAGUAGUAUUUACAAAUGCUGAAUUUAACUGCACAACAGCUGCUAGCAUUGCCAACAAGGUCAGCAAUGCUGGGUCGUUAUCAAUGUUGAACUAGCCAUGCUUUAUGUUUGUUUUCUUCCAGAAAAGGGUUACGUGAUAGGGGCAUGACGAAACAGGGAAGGACAUAUCGUUACUGAUGAGGCCGAAUCAAGAAGUGGGUCUCCGUGUCAUUGUUUCCAAAAGCCUCCAUUUUUGGCCGUCAAGACUAAACACAACUCUGGAGUUCUCAAACGAAAACGGGGCCAGCAGCGUUUCCAAACGUAUCUGUUUUAGGGGGUCGAAAAUGCCGAAGUACUGUGGACGCUAGGUGUAAACGUAGCAAAACUUAUGCAUUUUAAAAUGAAAACAUAGUAGUGUGGAUGUAGCCUUAGAACACUGGCCCAUCAGUAUGUAACCUCUAAGGGGUUUGAGGCUCUGAAGAGAUUCCAUGGUUCCCAAAGCAAAGUGAAUUAUACUAUACUAUUCUCCUUAGUAUUUCUGUGUGAGUGGUCUCUGAAGUUUCUCCCAGUAAAAACAAUACAAAACAUAAAUAGAAGAUUUUGAAGUUUAGUUUAUUGUUAAUUGAAGUUAAAUAUCUGCAUGCGACCCAUCCAGAGUGUGUAGGAGCAGUGGGCAUCCCUUCCCCAGUACCUGUAUUUGCUAAUCUGGUUGUCAUGUGGUGUGGGAGGAAAGCAGAGCACACACAGAAACCCAUGCGAGCACCUCACUAGCUGCUGUGGGACUGAAUAGCAGACAAACUGGUCUGUAUAGGAACUAUCAGAGCACUUCAAAGUGAGACAUCUGUGUGCUGUGGUUUUCACUUACUGCUGUCAGUCAAUACAACACAACACAGUCUUUCCUGUGUGAAAAACAGCAACGUGAAGCACCAUGGUCUAAUUUUUUUUACAGCUAUGCAGUCAAGUCAUUUGAGAAUGAUAUUUAGAGAUAAAUAUUGUAGGGGGUCUAUGUAGGACAGAUGACAGUCUUGUGUCCAGUGUCAGAAAAGAGCCACAAUGAGCCAUGUGGUUUUAAAAAAAAAAGGCCUCCACUGAGUGUAAUUUUUCACAACUACACAGCUCAGAGUGAAUUAUCCUGCUUACACUAUGGCUGCCAGAUCACAAUAUUCAGUAUUGUUUAUUCAUAUUUUGGCACUGUUCACUCUUUAUAGUGACUAUUUGUGUUGACACUUGUCUUUGCCAAUCUUGAAACAGAUGUUACAGUUUGGAGGAGCUUGAUCUAACUCAGCCGCAGAAUGUUCUAGUUUAGCUGGUAGUCAUACUGCCAAUUGAAUAUAUGCACAGGCUGGUCAGCGUGGGGGGACUGGGUAUAAUGCAUUCUGUUUGAAUGGCUACCUCCUCUGUUUCCUCAGGUGAAAAGGAGAUUGUUAAUCAGCCUUUACAGUCACCUAGUUUAGACACUGAGUCAAAAUGAUGAUAAAGAAUUAAGUAAGAUUUCAAAUUAAAGGGACAUGCCUGUGUUUAUUCAUUUUCCCUCCUUCCAGGCAAACAUUGUUUUAUAUUUAUUUCACUAUAAUCUGAAACACUUGACACUUACACUUGAAAUUUGCCUCAGUUACAUAAGCCAUCAUUACAGUGACCUUUGUAUGCAAAAUGGAGCCUGACCAAUACUUAGCCUUGAUCCAAGACCGUUACACUGUCCUGCAUGACUAUCUCCUGCAACACCAUUUCAAUCACAUUUCAGUCACUUAUAAUAAAAUGUGAUACGGGACAAAUUACUCUGACCCAGUAAGUUCUCUUUUAUUAAAUGUCCAUGUCAAAUCAGAAAUGCCGCAGGAUUUCUUCCUUUCUCAUAGACUAAAGUGCUGUUCAGCAGCAGUGUGUUACAGCAAUACUAUUGAGUGAAAUGGUCUCCUUUAUAUACAGUAUCUUGUAUUCACUUUAAUGGAAGGGACCUCAUUUGUAUUACUUUUCCAACUCCAAGUUGCUAAGAAGAUUGUCCAUUAUCUGGUGAAUUUGUAGUUGAAACAUUCUUCCCUCAACGAUUUUUUUAUGAGCUGCUCAUUGACUGAAAUGUGGCUGCAGCUAACUGAUUUUUUGAGGCCGAUACCAAUAUUAAAGAGGUACUGCACACUUAAAUGUGAGCUGUAAACUAAAUUAUAUGAUUGUACUGUGAUGAACCACAUCAGUGCUGGUGUUAAUAUUUUUACCAAAUUUAUGAACAUCUGCAUUUCAUGGGUUGAAAAUGGCUCAACACACUAUCUACUGUUUUAAAUCAACCUGAACCUUGCAAGGCCAAUGCUGACAUAGAGUCGACUGUUUGGGACUAAUGACAUUUAUAUUUAAAAAAGUGUUAACGCCCUCUAAACAGAUGUUUGCAACCCACCUCCCCCAGCCUUUGAGUGGGAGUCUGUGAAACAGCGCUCAUAUUCAAAUAUAUGCAGAUUGAGAUGCAUCAUUCACUAGAGUUUACACUAGUUUUUGCUAACCCUCUACUUAGUAUUUUUCAGUUUUGGCGCAAUGGUACAGAAGGACAUUGUUUCUGAACACCGGACUACAUUCUUUCCCUUGAUGGUGAUCCCAUAAUAAACAGCAGGGCUACGGUACAUACUGACACUCCCCACAGACACACUCCCCGGAGAGCUUCUCAGCCUCUCUGAGCCGCUAACGUUAGCUCAGUUACAACACAGGUACCACACAGAAACUUUUACAAAGAGCCAUGAAUCUGCAUCUGACUGUCAAAGCUCCAGUCUAUUUCCAGUGUAGACAAGGAGAGUCUGACAGCAGCUGCUCAUGGCUGGUUAGCUGUCUGUCGCUCACUCUGGUCAGUGUCUCCUUACCUCCUGCCGCACACACGUGGCCACGCCCCCUACAGUAUUUGUCCUGCAGUCCUCUGCUGCAUUUUUUAAAAAUGCUGGGAAGGAGAGAGCUAGCAGAAUUUGGUGGUGCAGUUACACUUUAAUAUUUAAGAGUUUUAAAAUAUACAACAAUAUACAUAUCUGUGAUAAAUUGUCAAUGUAUUGGUCAGGCUCUAAUGCAAGAUAUGGAAAACAAAUGUCCAAUUUCCAUGAAAUAUGUGUGUAUAGCUCUGACCUUCCCUCCAGAGACACCAUCAGGUCAGAAUUUCCAUUUGUUCACAAAAUUCUAAUCGGCACAUUACCCUAAAAUUUACUGCACAUUCAUUAAAAAUCUUCAUGUUGGGCAGUUCAUAAGCUUUCUUUAGCGCUACCCACAGUCCAAAAUGUCAACUUUGGAUACAAGAUAUCACCUCAUGCAGAUUGCUAUAAAAUUUUCUUAGCAUAUUUAUGCUCCCAAGACAUGCACCUUUUGAUUUACAUGACUCCAUGAACUUUCUUCUAGUGCCACCAUCAGGACAAACUUUAUGUGUUUAGCUCCACUGCUAAGGCUAUAAGAACAGCUAAGUCAUCAGUAUUUUUAUCUGAGGUAGGGAUUUUAUUUGCGCCAACGCCAUCAUUUUCAUUGUGAUGAUAUAAACAGGCCCCACAUGCUUGUAUUACAGUGAAGAACUGGACUAAAUCUAGUAGAUGUUUGCUGUUCUGGUCCACCACUGUUUAACUGUAGGAGAAACACUAAUUGCACGGAACGGUUGCAGUCAUAGAAACACAAAGCAUUUGUUUCAUGCCUUAGUAUAUAGUCAUAUUAUGGACCAGGGCUUUAAACAAUGUCCUUCUGUAUUUAUUAUUCUAAUUGCCAUUUGUACAUACUGUAUUUAUCAGGGUUUGUUCUCUUUGGAGGUUAGUGGUGAUCAGUAGAAGAUUGUGUCUGUCACAGUAGGAUGGAAUUCACUAUUGAUGUUGAUGAGAAAACCUUGAAUCUGCACACACUCAUCCAUAUGUUCAGUCAGUGUUGAAACACUGAUGACAAAUGCCACUCAGCAAUUAUGGCUGGGCCAUAAUUUAUUAUUAUCAUUUAGUGAUUUCACUGCGAUUGCAGCAUGUUUAUAUGGUAAUAUCAUGCUAUUGUUUUACAAAAUGUAAUCAUCUACAUUUAGAAUUACAGCAUAUUGUAAUUAAAAACUAACAAAAUGAGUUACUGAAUAUUGUGUGAAGACUUUAGUUUCUUGUAAUACAUGACAGUAGAACAAUAACUGAAUGCUAAUUUGAUUAUUUCAUGUAAUUUUGUAUACAUGAUAUGUUAUUGAUUUCAACCAUGUCACCCAGCCCUCUCCCUCCUAACAGUAUUCAUGUAUCAAGAGAUAAAGAAUAGGCCUACACAUUCAUCAUGAUUGACUGCUGAUAUUUCAAGAUAGGGAGAUAAUUAUGUCAUGAUCAAGAGAAAAUGGUUUGAUUUCUCUAAAUAAUGAUGAUUAAAUCCCAAUAUUGGGAUGACCAUGUGAAAAUAUUAGCACUAAAAACAUUUUAUGUUAUUAUCUUAAAAAUAAAGGGUUGAUUAAUCAAGACAAAAAUAUGUUAUCUCAAGACAACAAAAUAAUUGCGUGUUGAUCUCAACCACACAAGUCAGCCACACAAUUAUCUAGUCUUUAUCUCAUAAUUACGAAAUACAGAUUUUAAUUAUCUCAUAAAUAUAAGAGAUAAUUUUAUCUCGUAACUGAGGGAUACAGAUCUUGUAAUUAUGAUAUACAGUAUGUUCUCUUAAUUAUAAGAUAUUUUCUUGUAAUUAUGAGAUGUUAUGUCAAAUUAAAGAUGCAAAAGUCAUGAUUACGAGAAAGCUUCUCAAAAUUCUUUGUUUUAAUGGUGAGUACAAUGUGGUACGGAACCACAUUGUAUCACACAGUGUGUCUACUUACACUCUCAGUUUCACAAACAUGCUCUCUGCUGAUAGGUAACAGAAAGUAAAAUUAAACCUGCUUAAUUUUCAUGCCUGUCUUCCCACAUACCAUUAAGCUUUGUUUUUAUUCUACCAGGGUUAGGGUUAGGGUUACUACCUAGGGUUACUAAACCACUACUGAUAUGGUUUUGUGACUACUUGUUUUGUAGCUUGUUAUUAGUAUUCAAUUUUUCAUAUGUGAACAUGUUGUAUUAUACAUAAUGUGUAAGAAUGUGUGUAAGAAUAAAAUGUACACCUUGUGUCAAGCCUCUUUAAAUCUCAGUUUUCAGAGGUCAAAAUGAGCAGAAGCUCUGGUAAACAGUGUGAUUCAUCUUUUAUCAUGCACACUUCAUUUGAACAACUUCCAUCUCUGUGCUACUGUUCUCACAACCCUGGGUUAUUACUGACAGGAAGUACUUUAUUGAUUCUCUGAGCUCAACAGUGAGAUUCCGGAAGUUAAAAUCCCAUUCAUAUUCUGAAUAGAGAAUUUUUAUUACUAGCCACAAUGUCGUAACCAUCCAAAGUAGACACCACCAUGGAUGCAUAAAGAGAACUGGAUACAGUGUCGGAGGCAGGGCUCCAUUCAUUCCUAUGAAAGCUGCUCAGUGGCGCAUGAAGCCAAAAAAGUUAUACUUCCUGAUAUAAAAAUACCCAGAUUUUCCGCAUUGCGGGGCCCAUAGAGCUCACGCAUCGGAGACUCCGCCAGCUGAGCCGGCUAACGUCUGGUUUAGCUGUCCACUAACUUGAAUGGGGAUAAAAUUAAUUAACCGUGUGGCUCUUCUAGACUUUCCAAACGUUAUCGGACGGAACGGCUCAAAUUCAGAUAGUGAAACGAGUCAUUUCGGGGGGUUGUGACACUCAAAAAAAUGUAUUCACUGCUUUACAGCCACUUCUUUCACAAUGUAAGUCUAUGGAGAAAAGUAUUUUUGGGCCGGUUUGGCCGCUAUGUCAAAUUGGUUUCAAAGUCUGGCGCACUUCUUGGGGGAUUUGGGGGAAGUGGUUCCAUGGAAAUGUUUACCGUGAAUGCGAACCCACGAACAGCUAGUGAGCUUUUUUAAAAACUUUACCUACACACUUAGAACUUACAACAGGUUUAGCUAGUGAGUGAGCUGACCAUGAGUUCCCGCAUUCCGCGUUUUUUUAGAGAAUGACUACAACACUAUAGUAAUGACAAUGGUUAAAUUCAAGAAGAAGUGCACUACUUAAGUUGGAAGUUGUUGGAAAGGUAUCAUUUGCAGUGGUUUAUGGGAUGCAUAGUUCCUUCACUCUUAAAAUAAUUAUGUACACAGUCUUGUACCUUUGCCUUUUUUUUCCAUUUUCCAGUUCUUUUUUGCUCUGAUCUAAAUGUUAUGGUUAUCAUUCAUCUCAUAGUUGGUUGGCUUGGUUCCAGGCUUAAAACUCUUUAUAUAAGGAUUUUCUGAAACGUCAAUAAAGUGAAUGAAUGGGAAAUUCACUUCUGAAACCGGAGCCGUUAAAAAAGUGGGCGGUCACUGUUGAGCUCUAUUGGAAGUGCAAGAGUUCAUUCAGAAAGUAACAGUGUACUUUGGCAUGGGUCUUACUUAAAAUUGUGUAUUUAUGUUGAAAUUAGUAGUAGAUCACGCUCUUUCUGUCUAUCCAUUGAAUUUUGUUUUCUUGUACUGAAUAAAAGGAACAUUUCUUUAACUUCA